AGAUAAUGUCAUCUCCUCUUCUCUAUUCCCUUGGUCUUGAAAAUGCACUACUUCAUACCCAGUGGCAUGGUUAUUUUGAAGUUACUGCUCUAACAUUACUGUUGUGGGAUUACAUUCUCACAUUCCAGAGCGAGCUGGAGCUCAUAUGGGGCCGACCCAAGAAUGGAGUUACUUUCCUAUUUCUAGCUAAUCGCUACCUUGCUGUUGUAGCACAACUUGUGACAACAUAUGCUCAUGUGAGCUCAAAUGUUACCUACGAGGUCAGCGUAUUUGCCAUUGCAUAUUGGCUCAUCGGAACAAGCAUUCUUCAACUAGCUCUCACUGACGGAAUUGUUUGGCUCAGUGUCUGCUCCUUGUAUCGCAAUACAAGUGCGGUUCGGUGGCCUUUAUUGGGCCUGAUGAUAACGUGUAUGCUAUGUGGGGUCUCUGUGGUAGGAGUAGUCGGGUCACACUCAAAAGGCGCCGCUCAACUUGCUCCUGGCUUCAAGCAAUGCACAGUUUAUACCCAGUACCACAAUCUAUGGCUUUUCUGGGUCCCUCUUUUGGUUUAUGAAACCACCACAUUUAUAUUAGUCAUUAGGCUCUUCAUUCAGUACCAACGAAAUCGCAAAGAAUGGACUUCAAAUCUAUUGGAGCUAUUGCUGAAUGAUAUGCUUCUCUAUCUAGCUAUCAUCUUUGUUGCAUUCAUUGGAAAUACAAUUCUGUUCGCAAAUCCGGAUCCUACUCUCUCAGGAAUUUUAGAUCCACCGACAGUUGUCUUAUUGUCAAUUUUAGGAAAUCAUAUGCUGCUUAAUCUUCGAGCGGAAAGCAAACGCGCGGCACAGGGAAUGAUAUAUCAAAGUGGUGUCCGAGAUCCCGGUACUCCUGGACCUGGGGAAGGUGGUAGAAGAAAUAUCCCACAGCAAGGAGACUUAGGAAUAACCGGUACAGGAUUGGAGACAAUGGUAUUUACUACUGCUACAGUUUAGAAAUCAAUGCCCUAGACCAUACUAUUAGAUAUGUAUUUAUGC